AUGGAGGUUGCACCAGGGGAACAAGAUCGUGGUCAAACACUUGCCUGGUUUAAUGUAAAAAAAACACAAAAAANAAAAUGUAAUGCUGAUAUUGAACAAGUUGGCUCUGUGACAUUUGAUGGUGAAACAAUUGAAGGAGCACCACCAUUGUGGUGUGCUGCUGCAGCUGGACAUUUGAGUGUUGUUAAAUCCUUAGUUAGUAAUGGUGCAUCAGUAAAUAGUACUACUAAAACCAAUUCUACACCAUUAAGAGCUGCUUGUUUUGAUGGCCAUUAUGAAAUUGUAAAAUAUCUUAUUGAACAUGAUGCUGAUAUUGAAAUAGCAAAUCGUCAUGGUCAUACUUGUCUAAUGAUUGCUUGCUAUAAAGGACAUCUUCAGAUAGCAGAAUAUCUCCUUGAACAUGGUGCUGAUGUUAAUAGGAAAAGUGUUAAAGGUAACACAGCUCUUCAUGAUUGUGCAGAAUCUGGUAGUCUUGAUAUCAUGAAAUUAUUAUUGAGUCAUGGUGCCAGAAUGGAUGUUGAUUCCUAUGGAAUGACUCCACUAUUAGCUGCAGCUGUGACAGGUCAUAUUCCUAUAGUAGAAUAUUUAAUAUCACUCUUAACAUGUACAAAAAAAGAGAAAGUUGAUGCUCUUGAAUUGCUUGGUGCCACUUUUGUUGAUAAGAAACGUGAUAUGACGGGUGCUCUUAAAUUGUGGAGAAGAGCAAUGGAAGAAAGAUAUCAGAAUGGAGAUAUGCCUCUAGAAAAGCCUCUCAUCUCAUCUCCUAUAGCAGCCUAUGAAAAUGCCAUGGAAGUUCGUUCAGUAAGUCAAUUAGAUGAACUUAUUUGUGAUCCUGAUGAAAUGCGCAUGCAGGCCCUGUUAGUAAGGGAGCGUAUUCUUGGACCCGCUCAUCCUGACACAUCUUAUUACAUUCGUUAUCGGGGUGCCGUGUAUGCAGAUACAGGAAAUUUUGAACGUUGCAUUAGAUUAUGGACUUAUGCUUUAGAUGUUCAGCAAAAAGUAUUGGAACCACUUAGCCCUAUGACACAAAGUAGUUUAUUGUCUUUUGUAGAAUUAUUUUCGUUUAUGAUGUCUGAGGCUUGGGCUCGUAACAGACGCAUUCCUGCUGUCAAUUUUUCAGAUUUACUUGGUGUUUUCCACAGGGCACUUCAGGAAAUAGAUACUGCCAUGCAGCAUGUAUCUAAAAUACCCCCUGCAGAGAGAGAUUCAAGUCAUUUCCAUAGAACUUUAAUUAUUGUAAUUCAUUUAAUAGGUCUAAUGUGUCGUUUACAGCCACAUUUAAUUAACGAACAAGAUUUAGAAUUGAAAAAAGCUGUAUAUAGGCUAGUAAGAAUGAAUCCUCGUGGUAGAAAUGGAAGGACACCUCUUCACUUGACUUGCUUUAGGGAUUCUUCAUCAAUAAGUCGGUAUCCAGUUUGUACUUUUCCUUCUCCGGAAGUAGUCGAUUUAUUAUUGGAAGUUGGUGCAUCCCCGAAUGCAGUCGAUUUUGAUAACAACACUCCUUUGCAUGUAGCAGCGAUGAAUAAACCUUGUGCUCGUACAGUUUUUAAAACUCUUCUUAAUCACGGAGCUCAUCUUGAUUUUUGUAAUCUAGAUGGAAUGACAGCUUUACAGCUUGCUCGUAAUGCUGCUCUCACGGAUAUAUAUCCUUUACGCUACCUCACUCUCCAGUGCCUAUGCUCCCAAAUAAUCAAGAAAUAUAAUAUACCUUAUAAAGGUCUAGUGCCUCAGAAAUUGGAAUCUUUUGUUGAGUUUUUAGGUAACACAGCUCUUCAUGAUUGUGCAGAAUCUGGUAGUCUUGAUAUCAUGAAAUUAUUAUUGAGUCAUGGUGCCAGAAUGGAUGUUGAUUCCUAUGGAAUGACUCCACUAUUAGCUGCAGCUGUGACAGGUCAUAUUCCUAUAGUAGAAUAUUUAAUAUCACUCUUAACAUGUACAAAAAAAGAGAAAGUUGAUGCUCUUGAAUUGCUUGGUGCCACUUUUGUUGAUAAGAAACGUGAUAUGACGGGUGCUCUUAAAUUGUGGAGAAGAGCAAUGGAAGAAAGAUAUCAGAAUGGAGAUAUGCCUCUAGAAAAGCCUCUCAUCUCAUCUCCUAUAGCAGCCUAUGAAAAUGCCAUGGAAGUUCGUUCAGUAAGUCAAUUAGAUGAACUUAUUUGUGAUCCUGAUGAAAUGCGCAUGCAGGCCCUGUUAGUAAGGGAGCGUAUUCUUGGACCCGCUCAUCCUGACACAUCUUAUUACAUUCGUUAUCGGGGUGCCGUGUAUGCAGAUACAGGAAAUUUUGAACGUUGCAUUAGAUUAUGGACUUAUGCUUUAGAUGUUCAGCAAAAAGUAUUGGAACCACUUAGCCCUAUGACACAAAGUAGUUUAUUGUCUUUUGUAGAAUUAUUUUCGUUUAUGAUGUCUGAGGCUUGGGCUCGUAACAGACGCAUUCCUGCUGUCAAUUUUUCAGAUUUACUUGGUGUUUUCCACAGGGCACUUCAGGAAAUAGAUACUGCCAUGCAGCAUGUAUCUAAAAUACCCCCUGCAGAGAGAGAUUCAAGUCAUUUCCAUAGAACUUUAAUUAUUGUAAUUCAUUUAAUAGGUCUAAUGUGUCGUUUACAGCCACAUUUAAUUAACGAACAAGAUUUAGAAUUGAAAAAAGCUGUAUAUAGGCUAGUAAGAAUGAAUCCUCGUGGUAGAAAUGGAAGGACACCUCUUCACUUGACUUGCUUUAGGGAUUCUUCAUCAAUAAGUCGGUAUCCAGUUUGUACUUUUCCUUCUCCGGAAGUAGUCGAUUUAUUAUUGGAAGUUGGUGCAUCCCCGAAUGCAGUCGAUUUUGAUAACAACACUCCUUUGCAUGUAGCAGCGAUGAAUAAACCUUGUGCUCGUACAGUUUUUAAAACUCUUCUUAAUCACGGAGCUCAUCUUGAUUUUUGUAAUCUAGAUGGAAUGACAGCUUUACAGCUUGCUCGUAAUGCUGCUCUCACGGAUAUAUAUCCUUUACGCUACCUCACUCUCCAGUGCCUAUGCUCCCAAAUAAUCAAGAAAUAUAAUAUACCUUAUAAAGGUCUAGUGCCUCAGAAAUUGGAAUCUUUUGUUGAGUCUCAUUAAUUUUAUUGCAGUGAUUUUUAAACAGAUAUUAAAACAUCAAAAUGCAUGAUUUAAUAAUUGAUUUUGAAGGUUAGUAAAUUUCAAAAAAGUAAUGACAAUCUCUGCAGUAAUUUCAAUUUAUGCCAGAUGUUUCAAGUUGAAACUUUUAAGAUAUAAAUAUAUUAAUCUGCUGAAAACAACAAAACUAAUAACCAAUGUCAAAUCUAUUGCAUGCAGCAAUUUAAUUUUUUUAUGUGUGAUUUAAAAUAAAGAACAUUAACAGUUUGUUAAUAAAUGAUUAUGUGGUGAAUAUUAACAUUAUAUAUAUCAUACAAAAAAACAAAGAUUUGCAGUUUUUCCAGACUUCCUUGAAAUUCAUAUAAUAAUGCUGUUUGUUCUAGAUACGACACCUUAAUUAAUUUUGUUGUUCCAGUUAUCAUAAAGUAUACAUAUUAUGUAUUAAAAUUAUUUAAUUUUAAGGUACCAUAUUGUAAGUAUUAUUUAAUUGUUGUUAAAGAAACAAUGUAAGUUGAGUAUGUAUUUUGUUCCAAUAGCAAAAGUACCGAUGGUAUAUAAAUGUAAUAAUCUAUAUUUACGCUCAAAAAGAAAAAUAUAGGCAAGGUUUUGAUUCAAAUGUUUAAUUUUCAAUAAAUUUUUUUUUUGCAAUGUUGAUUUCAAAAUUAAUCAACUAGCAUGCCAAAAUUAAAAGCAAAAACUAUUUUGCAAUUAAACUAGUCAGAUUGGACGCCAUAUUUCAAAAUUUGAAUCAUCAAAAAAUAAAAUAUUCUGGUUCAAACAAUUAAAUAGUUUUUUAUUUGAAAAUAAAUUGCCAACUUAUUUUGAAAUAAAAACAACAUAAAAAUAUAUAUAUUAUUUAAUACAAAAAUUCAAAAAUCAGAUGGUGCAAUAGAAUAAUCUCACAUUGAAUUGCAGGUAGUAUUUUCAAUUCUUAUCAGUGUAAAUUACUGAUUAUUACUAAAUUAUAAUUUGCAUUAAAGUUUUUUUUUAAUUUUUAUUCAGUCUUAUUUUCCGAUAAUGCUAAUUGGCAUUUUUUUCCCAUGGUCUUUCAUCUCUUUUUCCAAUAACUGGUCAAAAUGAAUUUUUGCAUUUUGGUCUUUUUUUUUAAAUUCAAAUUUCCAUCGGUGAUCUUCAAUAAAGAAACGUAAAACAUUUACAAUUUUCUUAUUGCAAUAAAAAAUUUUAUUUUAGAUCAUUGUGCAAUGUUUCUAGUUCGACUGGAUUGUGUCCAAAAAAAAAUCUUUGGAAGCAGUUUUUUUUUGUGAGAUUUUGUAUUUUUUGAGAAGCAGCAAAAAUGUUUUGACGAAAGAUUGCAGAAGGAGUGGUAUAUAUAAAUUGAUUAUAAUAAUAAAUUGUCAAAAACAGAAGGACGAUGUGAAUAAAAAAAACAUUAAUAUGUAUAUAUAUUUUUUAAAUAUGCAGAUGGCAUUAUUUGAUUGGAAUGUUGUCAGA